CAUCAUCUCAAGCUUAGUGAACGACACGGCGACCGACAAGUAUCUCCGCAUUAAGACCAUUAUACAACCGGUUAAACGCCUCAGACCCCUGCGAAGCCUCACGAUAUAAUUCUACAGAGAAUUAUCAUCACACCACUGUCUUGAAAGGCGAAAUUCAAGCGACAAAAUGGCGUCACAACUCCUCCCUUUGGAACUCAUCGACAAGUGCGUUGGAUCGAGAAUUUGGGUCGUUAUGAAGGGCGACAAGGAGUUCAGCGGCACGCUCCUCGGAUUUGAUGACUACGUCAACAUGGUGUUGGAGGACGUCACAGAGUUUGACUAUUCGGGAAACCACACAAAGCUGCCCAAGAUCCUCUUGAACGGCAACAACAUCUGCAUGCUUAUUCCUGGAGGAGAGGGACCGGUGACCGCAUAAAGCACAUUCGGGCAAGGAACGGCAUUGAACCAAGGCAACCCCUCGGCUCGUAGACAGGCCAUGGCUAUCAUGUGCAAGCCCUACGAAUCAUGUGCGAGUACCACGAAGGCCGAUAUCUGCAGGAAGUGAGAUGUCCGAGCAGAACGCAGCACGAGAGCUAGCACCAGGCGGCCCCAGCAGUCAGAGUACAGGUCAUUAAGUGAGUUCUUGAGGGACUAAACAUAACCCACCCAUCGGAAAUGUCUUAGAAACGACUUUGGGGACACCGCGUAGUUGAUGAAGUAAUU